GUGGUGCAGAGAGGAAGCCAGGAGCUGGGUGACAUAGGCACGGGAACGAUCCAGGAUGGGGGCGGAGCAAGGGAGGGACACUCAGGGAACCAGGAAGGACAUUAGGACAACCUGGGAGAGACACCCAUCAUCAUCUUCGCCACCAUCAUUUUUCCCUAUCUGGGAUCACAAGGGACAGCAUCUGCUUGGACUGGAGGCGCCCUAAAACUUGGAAGCUUGUGUUUCACUUAUCUGUGGUCUCCUCUCCUGGGAUCGACUGAAGACCCAGGCGCCGGGGUCACCCUGCCCUCCACCCCAAGAAACUGAAGGUUUUGCUUUGGGACAGAUUCCCCCUCUUUACACCCCCGGAGUGACAAGGCCCAGAAGAAACGGAUAUCAUGCCUUGUUGAGUGACGGUGCUCCAGAACUCGGAUGCAAUGGGGGUGCUGAGCCAAGCGGAGCUGUGCCCCUUUUCAACCAAAUCGGAGAAGGAUCGCCUGGAGGAUAUGCCCAAGUGCCAGUCACCAGACAAGGAGGGGUCCCCAGCCCAGUGUAGCAUAGAAGAUGCCCUUUCUUUGGAAGGCGGCUCCAGUCCAGGUGGAAACUCCUGUGACGGGAUGGAGGAGGAUGAAGCCAGCAGCACAGAGAGUGCCCAGAAUGGGUACGAGAGUCCCCAAACAGGAAGAAUUGGCUGCAGCACGAAGGAGAAGCAGUUGCGGUCGACUCACACUUUGAGCAAGAUCUCGGCUCUUGAGAAUCGGAUCAAGGAGCUGCAUCACCGGAAGAAGGAGGUGAACAUUGAGCAGAUGGACCUGGAAGGAGCCUUGCUGCAAGGAGAACUGAAGGAGGAGAGGCAGGAGCUGAGAAGGGAAGAGGAGAAGCUGCUGGAGCUGCAGAGGCGCCUCGUGGAGACGGAGCGCAGGUGCCACGCCGAAAGAGAGAAGGAGAAGGCGCGGCUGCAGAGAGAGCGUCACAAGGUAGAGGAGCUGCAGCGGCAGCAUGCUGAAUCACAGAUCCACCUGGACAACCAGCCCGAAUCCAUGCGGGAACGGAUGCAGAAGCAGCUUCAGGAGACAUCUGAGAUGCUAGAUGGAGCCCUGAGAUGCUAUGAAGAUCUGGAGUUCCAGCAAUUGGAGCGGGAAAGCCGGUGGGAAGAGGAGAAGGAGGCCAUCUGCCAGGCUCUGGCCCAAGAGAUCACUCAGCUGCAGAACAGCAUCAACCAAAGGAAGAGGACGGUGCAGAGGCUGGAAGGACAGGCCCGUUUGACACAGGAGCAAAUGGUGGGCGAGAGCCAGCGAUUUGCGCAAGAGAAAGGCGAGGCCGUCAGGAAUCUCAACGCGGAGAAAAAUCGCCUAAUGGACAUGGACCCGGAGUAUUCGGAGGAUGGGGGAGAGGACUCCUCUGAAAGUAAGCAGGGUGUCACUCAGCUCACUUUCACCCAAAAGACGGACCGGAAGGUCAUUGUGUUGGGUUCCGACCAAUCAGACUCCUCCUCCUGUGUCUUCUCCGUCCGCAGUUCUGUCAAGGGAUCAAUUGGAUUGCAGAGGACCGCAAGUCUCCCCCGUAGGAGAGGAGAACGCCUCAUGACCAGGACUGCACAGCGCCCCCUUUCUAUGCAUGGCGCUCUGGAUCCCAGCAUGCUGGCAGCACAGCUCUCAGGUGGGGGCAACAGGCCCUACUUAGGCAGCCCAAACCUGCAAUAUUCACGUCUCAACAACCCCCUCUACCAGCUGCUGGCCGGCCAAGGAGCUGUGGGGCAGCUAGGAGGGUCCGGCCAAGGACCCUAUAGCCUUGGGAACUGUGUCACCCAGUUGGCCGAGAUGGAACGGAGGGUGCGGGAGGCCAUGGCCGAGAGAGAGCGGCUGCUGCAGGAAAGGGAGGCCAAGAAAGCCGCCGAGGAGGCAAAACGCAUGGAGGUGCCCCCGUCCACCAAGGAUCCUAACCCAGCCGAGAUCCGGGAGCAAAAACAAGCCACAUUCGACCUGCGCAAACACCUGGAGGCAUCGGGGCACAGCGUAGACACCUGCUCCCAGGUGCGGGUGACCAACAAGUCCUGCAAAGGCUACCUGGUCAAGAUGGGUGGCAGGAUCAAGACCUGGAAGAAGCGGUGGUUCACCUUUGACCGUCAGAAACGUGUCCUGGCCUACUAUGCAGACAAAGAGGAGACCAAGCUUAAGGGCGUCAUUUACUUCCAGGCCAUCGAAGAGGUGUACUACGACCAUCUCCGUAGUGCUUUCAAGAGCCCCAGCCCCAAGAUGACCUUCUGUGUCAAGACUUAUGACCGCCUUUUCUGCAUGGUGGCGCCUAGCCCGGAGGCGAUGCGUAUCUGGAUGGAUGCGAUUGUCACAGCGGCAGAGGAGAAUGUUCGCUACUGAUGGGCCUUGAUUGCUGUGGACACGUGGCUCCCCAUGCUUGACUAUGGGGCCUGGCACUUCUUUCCAAGGAGGACUCUUCUGCUGUAAAAUAUGGCUCCUCCCCAGUACAGAGACUGAUGGCAAGACAGGAGAGGCCAAGUGUUUUCAUGUUCGGUCAGAAGGCCGUGCGGCCUGUCUGAUCUUUGGAACAACAGGGUGGAAUCCAAGUACCUUAUAACAGGAUAAUCAGUCAAUAAGAAUGGUUGGCCGUGCCUGUUUUGUUCAUACAAAUUGCCUGAAUACUGAUGUUUGUUUUUUAAUGGACCAGCUCCAAAGAGAGUUUUGAGUAUCCCCUCUAUCAGAAAAGACUUAGGGCGAUGUCUUGGCAGAUGGAAACUCUUCUAUAAAUAAAAGUGACUUCCAUUCCGAAGGAUAAAAACCAACUUCUCUGGAACUUGUAGCUCCUGCCGAACAAAGCAAAUCAUCUGGACUUCAUGUGGAUUUUAUGAGUUGGCUGGACGUUCCAUGAGUCACAAGUAGACUCCUGCUGGUUUUAUAGAAGUCAUGACUUGCACUAGCCCCAACCAGCUGAGAUUUGGUCCUGGUUGGAACCCUUAGGAGUACAUCUUAUUUCCAUCAUUGCUACUUGUUUAGACUCGCUCAACCAUGUGGCAUUUCCACCCUUCCCCAGUAGUGUUUUUGUCACACUGCAUUCACGUGGGUUUGACUGGAUUGUGGAAUUGGUUCUUAAUAUGUGUGUUUGGGGGGUAAAAAACUGCUGCACCCCCUAUGCGGAAAAGCAAGGCAUCUUGCCCACGCUGUAUAGACCUCCUUGUAUUUAUUGUGUGCUUCGGUCGGUCUUUCUUUUGUUGGAAUACCUGGGACACUGCUUAAAGGGGCAACUAUGUAUAAAACUGUGGGCUAUUUAUUGUGUCAACCUUUAAAGUGGAAACAGA